AAGCAUAUCAGAAAAGUAAGACAUAAUAAAAGAAAGAAAAUUAACCUUGAGGGUAUUUCUAGAAGGCAAAUUGUCCUACAGAUUUAAAAGUGUUUUGCAGGAGAAUUUAUGAAGGGUGAGAAGAGAUAAGAGUACAUGAACAGAGGAGAAAGUAAAGAAGGUUCUGUACAACAGCAACUGCCAGGAUCAGGGGUUCCUUGGAGUAGCAUUAAAGACUGUGCAGGACUAGAUGGUUUUCACUACACAUCACCUGCACCACCAAAAUAAAUGUUUUUUUCUAGAAAAAAGAAAGGAGAAUGCAAACAAAAAUGAAGAACCUAGAUUUAUAAACAGAAAGCUUGCUUGGUGAUGCUUUGAUGAUUUCUAGUUGAAGAUCAUGGGUUAUUGUUCUCAGAUUCUUUACAUGAUUUUCAUCAUUUUCCUGCUCAUAUCAUUAGACAGCUCCCACAUUUUGAGUGCUGAUGCUUUACUGGAUGCAGCGGAGGGCUUCACAGUUCAUGGCCUACAACAGUUUUAUUUCAUGGGGGAAAGUGGGGGCAAUCAGAACAAAAUUGAGAAAGUUUCAGGACAGGAUGAGAAUGAACAAAAGGAAGCUUUGAUUGUGCAAAAGUUUAGAGCUUUGCUCGGAUUGAAGAGUACCAAAGGAAGAAUCCCAUUAAACGGUGCUGCAGAAUGUUUCUCACCAUCUCCCUAUCCAUCACCAAACAGUAUAGAAGCUGAGACUUCAGUACCAGCUCCUGCUCCAGCCCUGCCAAUGCACGCACAUUUCCAUUCUCCAACGCCUCGAUCAAGCACAAUGCCACUACCUAAAAGAAUUCACAAAGAAAAUACAGAUAAAGGAAGACUUAGAAGAAUUCUGGUGCCAGUCCUUGUGUCUGCUGGAGCUGCUUUUUUAGCUUGUCUUGUUGGACUCAUCUGUUUCUGUGGCAAAAUCAGGAAGCCAAGAAAGAAAUCCACAAAACCAAUUUUGACAUACAGCAGAAAAGGAAGAAUUAGAGGCAAAUCCCAGUAUACGAGUUCUCAAAAUUCAUCAAGCAACGUGAGCUUAAAUCCUAGCCUAGAUCUCUUUUGUCUUCAUACCUUGGGAGUGGACUUAGAGCGGCAACCAGCUUGUUUAAAACAAAGUGCUGAAACUGGGAAAACAUCAACGAUAGAUAAGAGGAAGGAAUCAAACAAGGAAGUUGCUCUACCAGAAUCCGACAAUGCUAGCAGUUCUUCAACAAGAGAGAUUACUUCAGUUCAUGAGGAUGUAGAAUCAGCAAGAUAUGAUUCUGAUGGGGGUCACUGCUCACCUCCCGAUAAAGUAAUUCCCAUUGAAUGUCAUUCAUCUGAUGAUGAAUCGUUUCAUUCUUUUGCUGAUUCGCGUUCAUCAAAUGUCCGGCUUUCCAAUGUUUCAGCUGGUAGUCUUAGUGAUACAUCAGAGAAUGCCCUGAAUGUAACAAAGGUAUCACCAUCUCCUCAACAUUCUUUCGCAUCUCCACCCAUGUCCCCCGCCAUGUCUGGCCUCCAUGAGUCUCCGGAUUGUCAAAAGAAUUUUACAGCCCCACCCCCACCGCCACCGCCACCCCCUCCACCUCCACCUCCUCUGCCUCCAGUUGUGCUCAUUUCUCCUUUAAAUUCUUCUUUAUCUGCAACUAAAGCAAGAUUGAAAGCUUCAAGUUCUUCUACAUUGCUCGAUGUUACACCUGCUAGGAAUUCAAAUUCCUCUUCUGGAUCAAACCAGAAACAAGCAAACCCGAGUGACAUCCCACUUUCGCCCGAAAAACCUUCUAAACCUUUGCCAAGUUCAACUGGUAUUCCUCCACCACCAUGUCCACCUCCAUUUCUGAAAGGAAACAACAACCCUGUCAAAGGUCCACCUCCUCCACCAACCCAACUUCCACAGUACACGCCGCUGGGCAAAGAUGGGGCUCCAUUGCCAAAAUUGAAGCCACUUCACUGGGACAAAGUCAGAGCUGCACCAGACCGCUCUAUGGUAUGGGACAAGCUGAGGUCAAGCUCAUUCGAAUUGGACGAGGAAAUGAUGGAGUCACUUUUCGGAUACAACAUACAUAAUUCAAUGAAGAAUGAUGAAACAAAAAGCAAAACCCCUUCUCCAAGCCAGCAUGUGCUUGAGCCCAAGAGGUUGCAGAACAUAACCAUUCUCUUAAAAGCACUGAAUGUGACAGUUGAGCAAGCGUGCAAUGCAUUGAUGAAAGGAAAUGGUUUGGUUUUACAACAACUAGAAGCAUUGGUUAAAAUGGUACCCACCAAGGAAGAGGAGACCAAGCUUUCUAGCUACAAAGGAGAUAUCAAUGAGUUGGGGUCUGCUGAGAAGUUUGUUAAAGUACUUCUACGCAUUCCAUUCGCCUUCUUACGUGCUGAAGCCAUGCUUUACCGAGAAACUUUUGAGGAUGAGGUGAUUCAUCUUAAAAAUUCGUUUUCGAUGCUACAGGAAGCCUGCAAGGAACUCAGGUCAAGCAGGCUCUUCUUGAAGUUACUAGAAGCAGUACUCAAAACGGGCAACCGAAUGAAUGUUGGAACAAUUAGAGGAGGCGCUAUAGCAUUCAAGCUCGAUGCCCUCCUUAAGCUUGCUGAUGUGAAAGGAACCGAUGGGAAGACUACAUUGCUCCAUUUUGUCGUCCAAGAGAUCAUUCGGUCGGAAGGCAUAAGAGUGUCUGAUAGCAUUAUGGGGAAGAUCAACCAGGGGAACAGAAGCAGAACUGCUGAAGAAAAAGAAGAGGAUUACAGAAGAAUGGGACUAGACCUUGUUUCUGGUUUAAGCACCGAACUGUACCAUGUUAAGAAGACAGCCACACUCGACCUGGAUGUUCUUGCAAGUUCUGUGUCGAACCUAUCAGAUGGCAAGGCUAAACUGCAACAUCUGGUUCAAGAGGAGCUAUCGACAGACGAAAAAAGUGGGAAUUUCGUUCGGUCAAUGAACUCCUUCCUGAACUAUGCAGAGAAGAAUCUGAAAGAGCUGCAAGAAGAUGAACAUAGGGUCCUGUUACAAGUCAGAGAAAUCACAGAAUACUUCCAUGGAGAUGUAAGCAAACUAGAUGAAGCUAAUCCACUUCGGAUAUUCGUGAUCGUAAGAGACUUUCUGGGAAUGUUAGAUCAUGUUUGUAAAGAGCUUAGAAGCUUGAAAGUCCCAAGCUGUCCAAGCCCUCUGGCUCCAUUUCGAUAGAGAUUUAGAUUUUCCUCUUGGUGUGUUAAUAAAAAAUAUAUUUUUCCUGCUUCCCAAACAACCAUUUGAUCAGGCUGUAACUUAAGUUUGUUCUUGUUUUUUCUGUAGAGUUUUGGCAGGGUUUUAGAUCAAUUCUUCAGCUGAGGCUGAUUUGCCAGGUAGUUGGAUUAUGAUUUUUGUUCAGCUGAAUUGAAUUCAUGAUCGGAUUUGGUUGCA